AGUUGGAAAUUGCCAAUUUCACAUGAAACAUCUUUAAAAAAUUUAAAAAAUCAGACAACUUAAACACCAGAUCAGAGAGAACAGCUAACGUAUUACAUUUUAAGUAACUAUAUCACUUUUCAGUGAAAACUAACAAAACAAAACUAUAUCGCAGAGACGGACUGCCAGCACUUCAUCGAGCUUCAGGAAGUGCUGAACAAACCUGGAAUCCCCCGAAUGGUCGGGUGGUAAACACUGAAAUCUGUUACUUUUAACAACUAUCUUGUGUGAAGGACGGGCUUCGAAUCCAGCAGACCAUGGCAACAUCUGGAGUGAUGCCAGCAGCAGUAGGAGCAGCAGUAGGAGCUGCAAUAGGAAUCCCAGUAGGGUCUGCAGUCCGAACCGUGAUAGGAGCCGUGGUGGGAGCAAUAGUAGGGUAUGCAGUCCCAGGGAUACAUGCAGGUGGAGAAAGAACACAAGAAUCCAUAGUAGCAGCAAUAGGAGCAGCAGUGGGGACCAUCAUAGGAUCUGUGCUAGGAUGGGUGGCUGGAGUGGGUACAGCAUUAGCAGUUGUCAUAGCACUGUUACUCAAAUCAGGAAUGGAAAUAAAUGAAAUGCGUGACCAAGGAAAAAAAGAAAUACAUGCUAAAAUAGAUGAUUUAGUGAAAGUGACAAGGAUGGCAAGGGAAAUUGCAGUGGAAGUAGCGAUUGGAGCAGCACUGGGGGUCGUGGUGGGAGCAGGCAUGGGGGCUCUUAUACCCGCAGUGGCGGCAGCAGCAGCAGCAGCAUCUGGAGCUGUGUCUGCAAGGAGAGCAGGAACAGCAGCAGCUGCAGGGGCAGCAGUCGGAGCGGCAGUAGGUGCAGUGAUGGGGAUAGGGGCAGGAAUAGCCAUUGUAUUAGCUGUCAUAGUAUCACUGUUUGUAAAAGCAGAAGUAAAGAGGGAUAAUAUUGUGGAAUCAGUACAAAAACUAGUGAAACACAUAAGUGUAGAUGUGCUGGUAUUAAAAGAAACUGUAGCUUCAGGAGAGACACAAGGAGGAGUGGGAGCUUUUUUAAUGUCAGCAGUUACAGUAGCAGGAGCAGCUGUGUUAGUGGGAGGGUUUUUCGCAUCAUUGCUAGGAUCGUUUGGAACAUUUGGAACACUUUUUGUUUCCUCAGGGCUAGCAGGAGUAGCAGCAGCAGCAGCUGGACUUCUGCAAAAUGCAAUAAGGGCAGCAGUCGAGGCAGGAAAAGGAUUAUUAGAAAAAGCAGCAGAUUUAGUAAAAAGGGCUUUUGAAGAGCUUAAAAAAGUACUAGAGGAAACAUUAGAAGUAUUGAAAGACGCUGUAGAAGUAUUAAAGAAAACAUUUUGUGCCGUUUUAUCAUUUUUAAAAGCUGCUUUGAUAGCAAAAUGUGCAGCAUCAAGUGUGUUCUCAUUAAUGGCAAUUAUAGAUCUAAUAAAAUGGAUAAAAAGACUAAUGGAAUUAAUAGCAGUGAUAGCGGGAGCAGUGGCAGCGGCAGGAGCUGCAGCAGUAGGAGCCGUGGUAGGGGCAGCAUUAGGAGCACCACUAGGGAUCUUAUUCGGAGCAGCAGUGGCAGCUGUGGGGGCACAUGUAUUUGGAGCAGCUAUAGUAGCAGGUGUACAGGCAUUAAGAAAAGUGGUCGAAACCGUGGCACCAAAAGUCGUGACUGAAAAAGUUCAACUCCUAAAAAUAGCACCAGAAUUAGCGGCAACAAUAGGAUCGCUGGCAGGAGACGUGGCACGGGCAGCCUUGGGCCCCGUUCUAGAAGCAAUAGAAGGGAACGUGAGGAAAGGAGUCUCUCGAGGGAUAGUGCCAGCAGGAGCAGCUCUUGGGGCAGCCGCGGGGGUGCCACUAGGGUCAGUGGUGGGAAUGGUAAUAGCAGUAGGAGUCGUGGUGUCAGUAAAAGCAGAAAAAGAAAAAAGCCAAGCUGAAGCUGUAGCAACAAACAGCUGUAGUGUGAAUGACAAAAAGGGGAAGUAACAGUUUCAACACAGUCUAUCUGAUUGAUAUCAGCAACUCAAUGGAAUAUUACCAAGAAUGAUCAUCCCAUUCACAUGGGUCAGUAGCACGGGCUGUAAGUUCUCAAUGACUUGUAUGUAUUGUAGGCAAGUCAAUGCUUUUAGUAACAAAAUAAUCAGUAACCAGCUGCAGUUUAUAGAGCAAUAUUAUAAGAUAAAAACACUUCCAGCGGAGUACAUAUCAUUAGCUUUGCACAUGUAACAGUACGAGCAGCAGAACAACAAGAGGAGGAUCAGUGGGGGCAGCAGGAUCUGUAUCCGGACAGUGGGAGCAGCAGAGUCUGUAUCAGGACAGUAGGAACAGCAGAAUCUGUAUCCGGACAGUGAGAGCAGCAGAGUCUGUAUCAGGACAGUGAGAGCAGCAGACUCUGUAUCAGGACAGUGGGAGCAACAGAAUCUGUAUCAGGACAGUAGGAACAGCAGAAUCUAUAUCCGGACAGUGGGAGCAGCAGGAUCUGUGUCAGGACAGUGGGAGCAGCAGGAUCUGUAUCAGGACAGUGGGAGCAGCAGGAGCAAGAUCUGCAUCAGAGAGCAAAAUCCUGAACAUCCCAGGAAGAAGAUCCAGAAAGGGGGGUCUGAUCACAGUCAUGGACACACCCUAGUCUCUGUAAGUCACCUUGGAUAAAAGCGUCUGCUAAAUAAACAAAUGUUUUAUUUAUAUAAAGUGUGUGUACAAAUGUAUAUGUAUUUCUGAGUAUAAAACCUUUAAAACUGGGCUGCACAGGAACGGGUUUAUGAACUGGAUCACUUGA